ACGAUACCCGGCAUAUUCUUCUAGGCCUGGCCAAAGGGGGAGUGGAAAUCUUGGGCCGGGAAUGGAAGGAAGGGGCAGCAGCAAAUUCGCGAUGGAUGCUCUCUUGCGCUAGUCCUGUGACACAGCGAUCUUGCUCUGCUGCUGGAAAUCCCUCGAUCCAUCGCCUAGGGUUUGGGUGGAUGAGGCAUUAGGCUGUUUGGGGGAUCUAUCAAGUUUGGGCGCCAGGCGAUGGCCGAGCUCAGCCCGGCAUUGGCAGAUCUCGAUGGCCAGCUCAAGGAUCUCUUCCGGGCUCUCUCAUCCGGCUUCCAGAAGAUGGACAAGAUCAAGGAGCCUGCCCGGCAGAGCAAGCAUCUGGAAGAGCUCACCGCCAAGAUGCGCGAGUGCAAGAGGCUCAUCAAGGAGUUUGAUAGAGAGAUCAAGGAGGAGGAGUCGAGGAACCCACCGGAUUUGACAAAGCAGCUGAAUGAAAAGAAGCAGUCACUGAUCAAGGAGCUCAACUCGUAUGUGGCCCUGCGCAAAACGUACACGAGCUCGCUGGGGAACAAAAAGGCAGAGUUGAUGGAAGGUGGCAGUGCCGAAGGUGCUCGCACUGACCUCACGGAUCCAAACGUGAAGAUGGCGUCCACAAUGUCAAACCAGCAACUCAUGGACGCUGGCAAGAAAACCAUGGACGAGACGGAUCAGACGAUCGAGCGCUCCAAAAAGGUGGUCGAGGACACCAUCAACGUCGGCGCUCAAACAGCUCUUACGCUCAAAGGACAAACGGAGCAAAUGGGCAGGAUCGUGAAUGAGCUAGACAACAUCCAAUUCUCCAUCAAGAAGGCGUCUCAACUCGUCAAGGAGAUUGGCAGACAGCUUGCCACAGAUAGAUGCAUACUGUUCUUCCUGUUCCUCAUUGUCGUGGGUGUCAUUGCCGUGAUCGUCGUCAAGGUUGUGGAUCCCAAGAACAAGAACAUCCGCGAUCUUCCCGGAUUGACUCCCGUCGCGAACACCAGCCACAUUCUUUUCAACCGACGCAUGGGUGGACUUUGAUGAUCUUUCCUCGCAUCGCAUACCUUAAGAGUUUUGAUUGAUUGAUUAAUGUAUAGAAAUAAGUACUUAAUCGCUAGUCCUACA